CUUCGCGUCGCGACUCUGCACGUGUACAGUUGUGAAUUUUGUCAGGACUGUGUGUGCAAAGCGCAGUUCACUUUGCGACGAAGCCAUGGUGAUUCGCCUCUUUCCAGGCCUCAGGGCAGCAGAUGAGGAGCUUGGGUGGAGGCCACCCAAUCAAAACUGGCUUUCGACUGGCAUUCUUGAUGCAGCUGGCGGCUUUGCGAUAGUAGGUGCACUAUUCUCCGCUCCCGUUUUACGAUUGUUUCGUCGCGCUCGUCCGGGAGCGUGGACCUUCAGAUUUGGUGCUUUGUCAAUGCUGGCUGUCGGUACCUGUGCCAUAGUCGACACUCGAAUAACGCGCGAAAUCCUUGUCAAGAAAGACGUGCAGGUGUCGACAUCGCCUAGCAGAUUAUGUGCACGUAGCAAUGGAUUCACCGCCGAUGACGGCGCCAUUUUGGGCGGGCUCAGCGCCCUGGCUUUGCGUAUCAAAGUGAGCCCUUUGGGCAUGCUCCCACCCUGGCAACGAUUCGUGGGAUAUGCCGGAAUUACUCUUGCGGGGGCAAUUCUGGGAUCACAGGGUGCAGCGCACGCGAUCUUAAAUCGCUCCCGCAGUAUGAAAGCACAAAAUGAGAUGUGCAAAGCGGAACAAAAGAAGGACGACGACUUGAUGCAGCUGGCAAACAGCCCUGACUUCCUUGGAAAACUGGACCACAUUUUCCUAGGGAAGCCAUUUUAUCAGACGACAUUAUUUAUACGGCUCUUUCUGCGCCGUGCGGGAAUCUCGGGGACAUCAACCUUGAGCCCCUUCCCGGAAAAGACUCCCGUGAGCUGGCUACCACAGCCUAUCUACCCCGUUUUACUAUAUGCAGGGAUAGACGAGCCUCGCAUAGACUGGAAGUUGGCAGCACGAUCAAAUCCCCGACCUUCAGGCAACACUGUGGAUACCAUGACUCGGGAAGCUGAAUACAUCGCAUUUCAGAUCAACGAAAGAAUUCAGACUCUAGGACUGGCAUCACCUGGACCGAAGGCCGGCACAGAUAGUGAACGCAAUCCCACACUUCUUUCGUCGACAAUGAAUUUGAUAAGACUGCAGAGGAUCAUUUUGGAGGACAUAGAAGAAGAGAAAUCUCGUCACGGCGAAAGCUUUGAUGUGAGCGCCUUCUUAUCUUCGCUGAAUAUAGAGCCGAAACAUAACCGGAGUUACGACCCACAAGCGAGUGUCAGCUGUCUUCGUGGGUCCCUAGCGAAUUGGGACAAGGGCUUCGAAUCGGCACUAGCAGAAGGAACAGUCACAAUGGAACAACUGCAGCCAAUGAAGACUGGCUUGAAAAGAUUGAUCAAUGACUUGGAACAAGAGUCACAUGCGGUUCAAAACUUGCAAUACGGCGGGAGUAAGGGCUCCCAGGAGGCUUAAUAUCCCUGAGGCGUGCACUCAUUAUCAUGUAUUUGUGUUCGUGUGUUUGUUCCGUCAGCAUGUUCUCAGCUACACAACGCCCCAUCAACUGUCUGCUAAAUAAUCUAGCAAGCCGCCUGGAAAAGCAUGCGCAAUCACUCUGGACCAAGACCAUUGACUAAUACGGCCAGACAGAAAUCUAAGAUCAUAGUGACUUAAA